AUGGAACGCUGCGACUUGUGUGAUCGGUUUUUUGGUGACCGGCAGGCACUUCAACAGCAUAUUCGAGAUGCUCCAGCACACACUUUGACAUUUCCAUGCGAACCUUGCAAUCGGACUUUCGUCAGUCAAAGUGCCCUUGACCAGCAUCUACGGGACUCGCCUGUGCAUACCACCACAUACGACUGUGAGCCUUGUAGCAGGUCCUUUGGUAGCCAAAGUGCCUUGGACCAACAUGUCCAGAAUUCGCCGGCACAUGCUGUAUCAUUCAAUUGCGAGCCUUGCAACAAACCCUUUGUCAGUCAAAGUGCCCUUGACCAGCAUCUACGGGACUCGCCUACGCAUACCAUCACAUAUGAUUGCGAGCCCUGUGGCAGGACCUUUGGCAGUCAAAGUGCCUUAGAUCAACAUGUUCAAAAUUCACCAGCACAUGUCGUCUCAUUCCACUGUGAACUUUGUAACCGAACAUUUGGCAGCAAAGAUGCCUUGGAUCAACAUGUCCAGAAUUCGCCGGCACAUGCUGUAUCAUUCAAUUGCGAGCCUUGCAACAAACCCUUUGUCAGUCAAAGUGCCCUUGACCAGCAUCUACGGGACUCGCCUGCGCAUACCAUCACAUAUGAUUGCGAGCCCUGUGGCAGGACCUUUGGCGGUCAAAGUGCCUUGGAUCAACAUAUCAAGGACUCACCUGCACAUACGAUCACACAUGAGUGCAAACCUUGUAAUAGGUCCUUUGGCAGUCAAAGUGCCUUAGAUCAACAUGUUCAAAAUUCACCAGCACAUGUCGUCUCAUUCCACUGUGAACUUUGUAACCGAACAUUUGGCAGCAAAGAUGCCUUGGAUCAACACAUCCAAUAUUCCAACGCACACAUCGCGCCGCCCAGAACACCAUUGGACUCAUCAGCACAUGCCGUCUCAUUCCACUGUGAACUUUGCAACCGAACAUUUGGCAGCAAAGAUGCCUUGGAUCAACACAUUCAAUAUUCAAACGCACACAUCGCGCCGCCCAGAACACCGUUGGACGAAUUCUUCCAAUCCUUCGCAGGGUUCAGUUACAAUUCAAAACUACCUCCAUCGGAAUCAUAUGCCCAGCUUAAGAGGUUCUGUCGCUGGGGACAAUACGACCCGGAGGAUAAAGAAGCCUGGGAACAAUAUCAAUCCGCUUUAAAAGCGGAGGUGAAGAUGUGGUUUGGAGCAGAGGAUGACCUUGGCGCCUGGCAUUCUCUUUGUCGCGCUAUCGGAAUCGAGCCUUUGCCUGCAAGCUGUAAGCAGGCUGCGAAUGUCGUCCGAGGCGUGUUCGUCAAUAUUGUUGAUUUGAUCGCCUGGGCUCGAAGUGGAAGCACGAACAAUCGAGUGCAAAGGUUUUCGAGCCUACAGAAGCUACGAGAAUACACCAAGGAAACGAAAAAGGUCUUCCACAAUAACCUUGAUGAGGGGGACGAUGAUGGAAACGUUGUCCUUCGGCAUCUGCUUCGAUUCAUUUUUCGGGCAGCGCCGGGUGGGCUCCGUCGUUAUGGCCAUUGA